GCCCGUUCUCUACUCGUCAGGAUCAAAUCACUUCAAAUCUCGCCAUACUACCUUUAUUAUGAAACUGACGCCAGAACUCAUCUCACGGGCACCAUGUUACCUGAAUGCAGUUCAGGACAGAGAACUUGAUUUGCGCAGUCACAAGAUUCCGGCCAUUGAGAACCUUGGAGUAACAAAGGAUCUGAACGACUCACUGGAUCUGACAGACAACGACAUCCGAUCCCUCUCGAACUUCCCAUCGCUUCCACGACUGAAAUGCCUCCUGCUCAGUAACAACAGGAUCAGUAGAAUCGACCCCAACCUGAGCCAAUAUCUGCCUAAUCUAACGACAGUCGUCCUCACCAAUAACGCCAUCACGGAGUUAUCAGAUCUGGAUGGACUUGCAGGAUGCAAGGCCCUCGAGAUCUUGUCACUGCUCGACAAUCCCAUCAUAAAGAAAAAGUACUAUCGCGAGUGGGUCAUUUGGAAACUGCCCAAUGUCAGGGUGCUGGACUUCGAAAGGGUCAAGCAGAAGGAGAGACAAGAGGCAAAGAAGCUGUUUGAGGGCAAGGCGGGACCAUCGGCACUAGCAGAAUCAAUUGCCGCGACAAAGUCAUCAACAUUCGAACCUGGAGAGGGAGUACCUUUGCCCCUGAAGUCGAGCGUGCCCACACUUAACAUGAGCAAGGAGGAUCAAGACAAGAUCAAGGCUGCACUUGCAAAGGUGACGACAUUGGAUGAAACCGCAAAACUGGAAAGGGCACUGAAGGAGGGCAAAAUUCCAGGUUAUCUGAAGGACCAGGAUUCGACCAACGGCAGCAAGGCCAAGAAACAAAGGUUGUCGACUGAUGAAGGCAAACAGGAGGAGGAAAAGGAAGACCAGGAUACUGAAAUGCAAUAGAAUAUCGAGUUGGCUUACUCUUCUGCGUGUAAGAAACCUGCAUGGCAACAAAAUAAAAUCUGUUCCUUACAGAGGACACAUA